CGAGCUCUCAUGGAGCGCAGCAUGACCACAGUGGCUCCGCUGGAGGACACUUUCCUGACCAUGAUGGUGUUUCGCAUUGGAAUUCCUGACAUCAAACAAACAAGGUGUCUCCAGUUUGACCAGGACUGCACGGUGUGGAACGCUAAGCAGCAGAUCAUCUGCUCCCUCAGUGAGUCUUUGUGGGACGCCUACAACUACGGCCUCUUCCAGCCGGCUGGAGAUGGACGGGACGCCAAGUUCCUGGAGGAGGAGCGGGCCCUGCAAGACUACUCGCAGUCCUUUGAGAAAGGGGUGCCUUACCUGGAGUUUAGGUACAAAACCAGAGUUUAUAAACAGACAAAUCUGGAUGAAAAGGCUCUCGCAAAGCUCAGCACAAAGGCCAGUCUCAAGAAAUUCCUGGAUUACAUUCAGACUGGAGCAAUAGAGAAAAUGGCAAAAGUCCUUGAUAAAGGUCUUGAUCCAAAUUUUCAUGACCCUGACAGCGGAGAGACCCCACUCUCUGUGGCUGUGCAGUCCGGCCUGCCAGUGGAGGGCAUCAGGGUGCUGGUUCAGGGCGGCGCUCAUUUGGACUUCAGAAGCAGAGACGGCUUCACGCCAGUGCACAAAGCUGUUAGAGCUCACAAUCACGCUGGGCUGCUGGCUCUCUUGUCCUUUGGUGCGUCUCCAGACUACAAAGACCGCUGUGGCCUGACCCCACUGUACCACACUGUACUGGCAGGGGGCGACACUUCCUGCUGCGAGACCUUGCUGUACUACAGAGCCAGGCUGGGGACAAGGGACGAGAAUGGCUGGGACGAGUCCCAUCAGGCUUGCCAGAAUGGCUUUGCCCAGCACUUGGAGCAUCUGCUGUUUUAUGGGGCAGACAACACUUCUCUAAAUGCCUCAGGGAACACUGCACUUCACAUUUCUGCCCUGUACAACAAGGAAAGCUGUGUCCGCGUUCUUCUGUACAGGGGAGCAAAUAGGGAGGCAAAGAACAAACAUGGUCAGACCCCUUUUCAGCUAGCUGUAAUGUCUGGUCACUUUGAACUCGGGGAAAUAAUCAAAAACCACAAAGAUUCCGACAUAGUGCCCUUUUUGGAAUCGCCAAAGUAUGUACCCAAGCGAAAAGAGAGCGCCCACACACUGCCUCUCCCCUCGCUCCAUUCCCACCCCCUACUGCGUGCUAACAGUGAUAACACCAUGACCCAGUCUGACCCUCUGGCCAUGCCCAACAAGGCCGCAACCAAUCCCAACCCAGGACAGGGCCAGCGCAGGGCCUCCAUUGGCGUGAGAAGCUCCAGCAGCCCCAGAACUCGUACUCGCUCCCCAUCCAGAGGGAGGGGAGGGCAAAGUGACACGGAGGAGAGGCACCGGCAGCCACGAGGCAGACAGGGUGCGACCUCAGCGGGCAGUGGGGGAGGUCAGAUGAAGCGUAUGUACAGUGCCGUACCAGGGCGGGUGUAUGUGGCCACUCGUGCCCACUCUGCUAGUGGGGACAGAGAGCUCUCACUCAACAAAGGGGACAAAGUCAAAGUAUUAAGUGUAGGAGAGGGGGGAUACUGGGAGGGAACGGUGAAAGGUCGCACCGGCUGGUUUCCUUCAGACUGUGUGGAAGAGGUUGCGGGUUUCAGCAAAGACAAUCGAUCAGAGACUCGCAGUGAGAAAGCCAAGAGGAAACUUUUCCGUAACGUCACUGUGGGAGCUUACGAUGGCACUGAUGGCCCCAGUGACUACAUCAUUAAGGAGAAGACAGUGCUCCUACAGAAGAAAGACAAUGAGGGCUUUGGCUUUGUGCUUAGGGGAGCCAAAGCUCAGACUCCCAUAGAGGAGUUCACUCCAACGCCAGCGUUCCCCGCGCUGCAGUACCUGGAGUCUGUCGAUGAGGGGGGCGUGGCGUGGAGGGCCGGCCUGAGGAUGGGGGAUUUCCUCAUCGAGGUGAACGGCCAGAAUGUGGUGAAGGUUGGCCACCGGCAGGUGGUCAACAUGAUCCGACAGGGCGGCAACAGUCUCAUGGUGAAAGUCGUCAUGGUUGCUCGAAACCCUGAACUGGAGGACACUGCUCGGAAGAGGGCCCCGCAGCAGACUAAAAGACUGACUCCUCCUGCCAUUGCCCUGCGCUCCAAGUCAAUGACAUCAGAGCUGGAAGACAUGGUGGACAAAGCUGCCUCUCCAUGGAAAAAGAAAGCAGAGUACGAGUCCUCUCAGGGUCCUGAUAAGAAGAGGACAGUCUAUCAGAUGGCACUAAAUAAACUGGAUGAAAUCUUGGCUGCUGCCCAGCACACUAUUACAUCAGACAACCAGGGCCAGAGAGGUCAUGGGGGCAAGAGGGACCGGAGCAAGAGCAUUGUUCCCAAUCAACCGUAUGAGCAGCAGUCUUCAGUGAGUAUGGCGCAGCAAGGACCAGGUUUUGGCUACAACCAAGCUCAUUUUCAACCAGGCCACGGUCCUCAGCAUGCAGUCAUGAUGCGUCAAAAAUCUAUUGGUGUAACAGAGGAGGAAAGGCAGUACCUCCACCCACCUGCUAUGAAGCUGGCUCGCAGCCUGUCAGUGCCAGGACCAGAAGAAAUCCCCCCACCCCCUAACACAUCCGCCCCAGAGCCGCCUUUAUCUGCAGGCCCUCAUCCUGUGAGAGGGCCUGCUAUGCCCAUACCCCCUGUAUCUCAAGCCCACUACCAGCUCCACUCCCAGCCGGGGCAUCCUACUCAAGCAGGCUGGGAGAGGGGAGGCCCUGGUGGGAUGAACCAGCAGGUCAUGGUCCCCACCCUCAGGAGACAAUCGGAAGGACUGUGUGUCAGAGAACCGGAGGCGCCCAGGAGAGGUGGUGGCAAAAUGGGAGGGUUAAGGAGAGGCUAUAGCAGUGCUACACCACCGACAAGUGCUAAACCUAAGGCCCAACAAGCACCACAACAUCACCCGCACAUCGCCAACCGGGAGCAAGGUGGAGGGGUCGGCAGGGGGGCAGCCAGGAGGGGUGGUCGAGGAGCUCUAAUGAAGCAGUCGAAAGUGGAAGAUGGGGUGCGGCAGCACAGAUCAAAGGGAGGUGCAGCCAAAGAGAAGAGCUCCAUCCCCAUCCCCACCAUCAUCGUCAAAGCGCCCUCCACCAGCAGCAGUGGCCGAAGCAGCCAGGGUAGCAGCAUGGAAGCUGAACCCACCCAGGAUGUAGACGACACCUCGGCAGAUGCAACCACAGACAGCCCCAAUACCAGUCUACCUUCACCGCUCACCUCUUCACCACCUCAGCCCCCUACAUCCACUUCUUUGCCUUCAUCAACUGUUGCCCCUCCUGUCUCCUCGCAGCAAAACCUGGAAAACUUGGAUUACACUUCAACGUAUGGCUCGGCCUUUGGGGGAGGAGGAGCACGCAGGGACAGAGAGCGUUUACGAGAUAUGAGAAGAAAGAGCGCUUCUUUCUUCCUCUCAUCUGAGGAGGACAUUCAAGGAGAGGCGGGAGGAGGAGCAGUAGAGGGAGGAGGAGCACUUGGGACAAGAAUCCAGCCUUUGCAGGGUUCACAAAUGGAUGUACCUACGCCUCGACUCCGCCCCUCCAAGUCUAUAGAUGAGGGCAUGUUUUCUGGAGACAGCUACGUCAACUAUUCCAGCAGCAUGCCCCCAGCCUUCGGCCUACCUGAGUAUUCUUCCCCUAUCCUCAGUCAGGAUGGACAGCCCAAGUCGGCUCCCUCAAUGUACGGCACCCAGCCGGCCACUACCUUCAUCCAUCCACUUACAGGGAAAGUUCUUGACCCUUCAUCUCCACUUGGCCUGGCCCUGGCAGCAAGAGAAAGGGCUUUAAAGGAUGACCGCAGGACGCGGCGAGAGGACAGACACUUUGGUCGGCAGCUGUCCACAGUGGGAGCGUUUCCCACCCCUGUUCAGACCCCGACUCCUUCCCUAUUUGCAACCCCUACACAAUCAGCCUACACUUCCCCGGUGUCUCUCCACCUAAGCUCCCCCACUGCCACCACCUCACCUGCAUCUCUUAGCCGGCCACAGUCACCAAGGAUAUUACGUUUGGGAGGAGGAGGUGGGGAGAGGGUGGAGAGGGAAAAAGAGGGAGGACCCAGAGAGGGUCUUAGAGUUCGCUUCUCAGAGGACAGGACCAGUCAAUACUCAACCCAGUAUUACCCACAGAGCCCCAGGGAGAGAGAAAGAGAAAAGGAGAUGUACGACAGCAGACCUGCUCCACCCAUACAGCCUCCUCCACCUCCGGCUCAACCUGCCCCGCGCAGACCUUCCUUUCUGCAGAUGGAAAGCACUACAAACACCAGCUACAUCCCUCAGUACACUGUCCCCACAGCCCCAGCACAGACACAUGAAGCUAUGGGAGAUGUAAGAGCAGGGGGUGGAGGUCUAGGACUGAUGGUUCUCCCUCCACCAGCUCCCUCAAUAGACGCAGAUGACGAGUUUGUCUUUGCAGAUCCCUUGCCCCCUCCUUUACAGUUUGCUAAUGGUAAGAACGAGAGAGUCCAGGAGUUUCCUCAGCGGCAUCAACACCCGAGUCAACACUCUGCUGCUGUGGCUCCACCUCCCCCACCGCCUCUUCCAUCUGCCAAGCCCUCAAACGUUCCCCAACCCUCUCCACAGGGCGGCGACUCAGCUGCCUCCAGCCUUACCUCCUACGACAGCGAGGUAGCCAACCUCACACAAUCGGCUCUCUCUCCCAGCUCUAAUGACUCCUCAGUAGGUGGUCACACCCCAGCCCAGGACAGAGGCACAGCCGCCCUCACCACCACCAUGACCUAUGCUACCACUACCAUGACAGCCACUGCUGCCGCUGCCACCACCACGACUUCACCGGCAUCCUCUGACUAUAGCAUGACCAUGGCCGGGCCCAGGGCGGGCCUCAGCAUGGGGGGAAAAGCUGCUGACCACACUCAUCACACUAAUAUUUUACCCAAGAGCGGAGACUGGCAAGAUGCUGUGGUGGAUUCUGGGAUUGAGGAGCUGGACAGUCACAGCAGUAGCGACCACCAUUUAGAAAUGCUUGGACUGAGUGGGCUGAGAGGAGAGAGGGGAGGGGUCGGAGGAGACGGGCGAGGAGGAGAGGGAGAGAGAGGCAGUGAACAUCAGGAUCCUUGUACAACCUACUCAGGUGGGCAAACAUUUGAGGUGCACAGUGCCAAACUGGCAAAUCCUGUGUUUCCAAAGAUGACUCAUUACAAGGAGGGGGGAGGGAGGGGCCAGUCUGUAGCACUACGUAGGCAGAACAGCACCAAUCCUGCUCCCUUGCAGUUGCAGAGACAAAGCAACCCAGAAGAUACCAGGUUGGAUGGAGCUCUAGUAGAUGAAAGGAAGCGUAAGCAGAGUCGAUCCAAAAUGGAGGAUGGCUUUAGCUCCGCCUUGGCUGCCUGCUUAGAGAGACCUAUUGACACUCGGUCGGUGGGCUGGGGUGAGGUCGAGGAGCUUGAGCAAGGUGUAGGACUCCAGAGAGGUGGUAUGGUUUUGGAGAGCCGCAGGCUGCACUCGCCUCUUUCAGGUGUGAAGGCCAGCAUCAUCAAUGAACUCAGCUCCAAGCUGCAACAGAUGAGUAGCAUGAAGAGCAUGGACGACUGGAGCCACACUCCCAAGUCACCCACCAUGCAUAGGUAUUCAGCGGAUUUCACAGACGCAUUUCACAGCCCCCCCACCGGCCGCUCCACCUCGCCAUUACCCACAUCCUCCCCACAGCACCGUCAGAUCCUGACACCCAACCUGUCAGCCACCCCUUCUGUCUCCCCUUCCCCUCAAGUACCAGUUCAACGCAACUGGACCCGAUCCCCUUCCCCACAGAUGCCCUCCUCUCCGGUUCAUUCCCACCCUCCCCAUUCCCCAACCUACUGCCCAUACCCGACAUCACCGAAGCAUCGGUCUAAGUUCCGCAGGCAGACUUUUGAUUUCCAGUGCAGUCCCACAAAGGAGAUGCGAUCUUCAGUCUCUCGGCGCCGUGCUCCAAGCCCUCUUAUCUAUAACACAGAACAACCAAACCCCACCCCCCCAAGACCCUCCUCGCUCCCCAUACUUCCCAGCACACCAGUCUACAACAACCCUUUUGACUUCCCCGGGCCCCUCACUCCUCCUUCUCCUGGCCUCCCUCUAGGAGACACCUACAAGGCUUCAACACCUCCAUUAUUCUCCCCAUCUGGUGUGCCAAGUCCAAACCCCCUACUUGUCUCCCGCUCUCUCUCCCCCACCCAUUUUCUCUCUGGAGCCUCCUCCCCCAUGCAUUUACCCCCCAGCCCGUCUUGCCUCAACUAUCCCCAUCUCACCCCUCCUCCACCAGCCAAACCCUUUGCCGUCAAGCCCCUGCCCUACUGGACCAAGUACGAUGUGGCGGACUGGCUGGCUUAUCUAAACCUGGGUGAACACAGAGAACGUUUUAUAGACAAUGAGAUAGAUGGAUCGCAUCUGCCUUCGCUCACCAAGGACGACUUCUUGGACCUGGGAGUGACACGUGUGGGACACCGAAUGAACAUCGAGAGGGCGCUGAAGAAACUCACUGACAGGUGAGGGAGGACUAAUAGACUCUGGAACACGUAGACGCAACGGGGUCAAAAGGUCAAAAAGGAAGGUGGAGGAAAGUCAAAGUGUCUCAUUCCUUCCAUACAACUUAGCUGGACCAUCCCCUUUCUUCAUUAGAU